GAAGUGUCAACAACACAACGUAUCACUGACAUUUGUGUGUAAUGAAAAAAGCGAAAAAAGUAAUAAAAUAAAUGAAAUUAGGUGCAAAUCUUGAAACUAUUAUUAAACGGAGUUAAAAUUAUUAAUAAACAUAGUUUUCAAAAUAAAAUUACUUCAUCAAGACAAGGCACUGCAACUUUCAUAAAAAUUAUAUAUUUUAUUUGAUUGACUGCAAAGACUGCAAAUAAAAAUGACAUCCGACAGCAGUAGUAAUAGCAGUGACGACGAAAGUAGAAACAAAUCUCGAAGAAAGCGAAAGAGUUAUCAAAAAACCAGCAGUGAUAAUUAUCGAGAAAGUAAUCGCAAAUAUGAUUCAGACAGAAAUGAUCGAAGAAGUAAAUUUCACAAAAGUAACAGUCGACCCGAACGAAAAAGGAGGUUAGAAACUCCACCUCCAAGGAGAAAUGAUCAUCAACGACACAUGGACGCUGAGGGAACGUCAAAAAGGCCUAGGAGUGAUAAACGUGAUUUUAAAGAGAGGCGAGAUAAUAAAAGCAGUUUCGACAGAGAACGAGUUAAGAAAGAAGCAUCGCCACAGUGGGGAAAAUCGAAUAUAAAAACCGAGGACCGACCAAAACCCCCAGAGAAGGAGAAGCCGAAUUUUGGAUUAUCGGGUAAAUUAACCGAAGACACUAAUACAGUGAAUGGAGUUGUGAUAAAAUAUGCCGAACCCGAUGAUGCCAUGAAACCAAAAAGAAGAUGGAGACUGUAUCAGUUUAAAGGAGAAAAAUCUCUACCUACACUUUAUAUUCAUCGUCAGUCUGCCUUUCUAAUGGGUAGAGAUCGUAAAAUUGCAGAUAUUCCCUUGGAUCAUCCUUCCUGCUCCAAGCAACAUGCGGCUUUGCAGUAUCGUUUAGUUCCAUAUUCGAGGGAAGAUGGUUCACAAGGUAGACGUGUGCGACCCUAUUUAAUUGAUUUAGAAUCGGCGAAUGGAACAUUUGUUAAUGAUGUCAAAUUAGAAGCGAGAAGAUAUCACGAAUUACUUGAACGAGAUGUCAUUAAAUUUGGCUUCAGUACCCGAGAAUACGUUUUACUUCAUGAAAAAAGUAAGGAUGAGGACCAAGAUGACGAUGUUCCAAGUGGCUCGAAAUAGAGUUUUCAAUCUACAUACCUUACGUUUGGAACAUUGUAAAAUAAAACCUGUAACUAGCAAAGAAAAUAAGACGGAAGUUU